AUUGUGGAAAAGAAGAAUGUUGUGCAGAAAGUACCAAAUGUAACAAAUGCUGUUAACAACUCUGUAACAUUGAAAAAUUUCAACACUUUGAAAAGCGAAAACUUCUCAUCACCUAGUAAAGUAACAAAGUUAAGAAUAAGAUCACAAGACGGUAAGGAUCUUGGAGAAGUGAAAGUAAAAUUUUUAUCACAAGAAAAUGUGUUAAAUACUAAAACAAUUACCUUCAGCAAAGCUAGUUUGAAUCAUACAAUAAGUAAACCUAUAAAACUUUCCAUUAUGUCAUCAAAUAAUUCAGGCACAAUAAUGAAUUACAAGAGUUUACGAAAUGAUGUUAAAAUGUCGAAAGUGGCUGCAAAAUUAAUUUCUUCUAACAACUUAAAAGCUGAUUCUGAUAAACAGUCUGAUACAAAAGAGAAAAAUAACAAUAAAGUACAACUACAAUAUGCUUUACCUACAGUAAAUAAAAUUAAGCAGCUAAAUAAUGAUAAAUUGAUAUUAUUAAAGAAUAAUUCUCAUAAAUAUUCUGAGAAAGUUCAAGAUCUAAGUAAAAGUAUUCCAAAAUAUGUAACAAUAAAGAAAAAUAAAAUACUAUUUGUAAAUAAUCAACAAAAACAUGAUUCUAAUAGUAAAAAAGAUAUAAACCACACAGAUGAAAAUAAAAGUAAAAUGAACACAUCAAAUAUUCAGCAGGAUUUAGAUUCUGUAAAACAUCGGAAAUUAACAGAAUCAAAAUUUCCUGUAGUAAAAUGUAAGAAAUUCUCAAUAUUCAAGAAUAAAAGGAACUCUGAUGAAACUUUUAGAUCUUGUGUGAACACCAAUAAUACUGAAUCAAUAACUAACGCUGACCCAAAAAAUUGUAUUGUAGAGAAGAAUAUUAAUUCAUUCAAAAAUUCAUCUAGUAUGAAGCCGGUUAAUAAUACAGAGCAUAAUACAAAUAUUUCUAUAAACCCAUUAAAUUCUACAGACAAAGUGAUUCAUGUAACUUUUCAAAAUGGAGAAAAGAAUAGUUCUGUAAUUUUAGAUAAGAGAAGUAUACUUAAAAAACAAGAUGAUAAAAUUACUUUGGUACCUGCAAGUAAUAAACAAUUAAACAGUGAAAGUCAAAAUGUGUUUAAUGAUAUGCAUAAGUCAAAUUCUGACCAAAAUAAAACAAUAUCUAAUAAUAAUAAUAGCAUAAGAGUUAAAGAUUCAAUUUGUAAUGUUCACCAAAAUGAAACAUUACCUAAUGAUGACAGCACGAAGAGUGAAAAUUCGACUUCUGAAAAAAGUAAUGAUAAGAGUAAAGCUAAUGAAACAGGUUCUGCUGAAAUUCCUAAACAGGACAAACUAUUGCAGCAUUGGAACAUAAUUCAAGAAGCAGUGAUAAGUGUGAAAGACGAGGAACUUCGAACGAAAGCUUUACAAGCCCUAGCGGAUUGUGGAAUAGGCAUGCCAAAACAAGUUCCAAUUAGUCCACCAGAAAAAUUAAAAACAGUUCAUGAUUCUCCAAUUCAAACAGAUGUAUUUGGACUAUUAGAUUUAGAAAAUUUUGUAUUAGUAAAAGAAGAUACACCUGUUUUGAAAAGAAUAAAACAAACAGAACAGUCAACUGUUCACCCACCUACUAUAAAUGCAGCAACACAAGUACAUUCUGUAGUGAACGUAAAUAGAAAUAUUGAUGAUAUAAAUUUAUUCCCAAGUUUGACUCCAGUAUGUAGCCAAGAUGUUCUUGAAUUAGAUAAUUAUUUCAAUGAAUAUUUUAGUGAAAAUACAGAUGUAGAUAGAGUUAAAAAAGUAUUAUCCACACACCAUUCAUUGUAUAAUAAAGUUUCCACCCAGCUGAAAAUUGAUCAUGAAGGAAUGCAACAAUUUGAUGAAUCAGGUAUGCUUAAUAUACAUAGAGCUGUGGUAAAUAACCAGUUGCAAGAAGUACAAAGACUGUUACUGGUACUACAAGCAUCUAAAAUCGAUAUUGAUGUACUCACAGAGGAUGGAGAGACGUGUUUAGAGUUAGCAGUUAAGUAUAAUUCAUCUGAGGAUAUAGUCACCGUGUUACUAGAAGCUGGGGCAAAACCAAUUACAUCUGAACUGUUGCAUGAAUCCGCGAUUCUGUUAGCAAGCAAAUGUUCUUCCCCAUUAUUGCCAGUUUUCCUGAAAUACGUAACAUAUCCUGAACUACUCAAUCAAAUGGAUUCCCUAGGAUUUGCCGCAUUGCACUAUUGUGCACUCUCUGGUAAUUUAGAAGGUGUCAGCGCUUUGAUAGAAGCUGGCGCAAACGUGAAUUUAAAAGAUAGUCGUUCGGGGAGAACUCCAUUCUUUCACGCUCUCGAAAAUAAUCAUGUACAGGUUGCGCAGAAGUUAUUGGUUAAUGGAGCAGUCGCGAAUCUCCCAAAUUUUUCCGGACAGACUGUUCUGGCUUUAAUAGACGAAACGAAGAGCCUUUCUAUAAAAGCUGCAUUGAAACAUGUAAUGACAACAUAGCUUUUUUUAUAUGGGAAGGUUAAUUCUAAUUAUA